AUCGCGAGAAUCAUUACACGCGUAUAUGCGAUAAGCGAAACAUCACUUGUUAGAGUGGAAAAUUACUGUUUACAUACAACAACCUGUUGUGUGAAUUCUGCCUUAAUGGGUCUUAGAUCUAAUUAAGAAGGAAUAUUAUUUUAUUUAACGUGUGGAUCUAGUUUAUACCACAUUUUCUUUGGUAAAGGGACUUCAAUGAUUCUGGAAUUUCCACCGGUGAUGCCAGAAUCGGGCGGUGAGUUAGAUUUGCUGCCCCCCUCCACCCUGACCACGGAGAUCCUACCGUGUCGACGACGGUUAGGGCUCACGCUGGACUUCGGAACGGAUGAUUAUAACUGUGUUCCGAAAAGGUGUAAACUGGAAUCCAUGAAUUUUACCCUUAGUGCUCUAAACAAACUCAAUACUUCUAAUAAUGUGAGCGCUGUCUUUUCAGCGAGGAGCAUGCAAACUCAGGAACUUGCAUCCAGGAUGAGUAAAGCUCGGACUGUGCUUGUCUUGGACUGUCGACCAUUCGUGUCUUAUAAUAUUGCUCAUAUCCAAGGUGCUAUUAAUGUGAGUUGUUCCGAUAGGUUUAAUAGAAGGCGACUUCAACAGGGAAAGGCCAGUAUCAUUGACCUUGUAUCCUCCAAGGAGGGUAAAGACAUGUUUAAGAAGAGGAGUUCUAAAGAAAUUGUGCUUUAUGAUGACCAUACGAAAGAUGUCCAAUCGCUCAGUCCAGAUUCUUCAAUGUAUCUUGUGCUAUCUUCUUUGUUACGAGAGGGCAAGGACGUUUAUAUUCUCAAAGGAGGAAUUGAGGAAUUCAGGAACAAGCAUAUGGACCUUUGUGAUAGCAGUGUUAAAUCUCAGGAAGCUCGACCCCUGUACAGUCCCACCACGCCCAUUAUUGAGCCCCAAAUCGAGACAGCCACCGCCACUCAGAUCCUCCCUUUUCUCUACCUCGGCAAUGAAAGAGAUGCAGCUAAUUUACAGCGACUGCAAGAUUUGAAUAUCACCUAUGUUCUCAAUACAACUUCUCACAUACCCAAGUAUUUUGAAAAUCAGGGAAUCCAUUAUAAAAGAAUUCCCGCCUCCGACAGCGGGUGCCAAAAUCUAAAGCAGUAUUUUGAAGAGGCUGUUGCAUUUAUUGAUGAGGCAAGACAAAAUGGUGCUAAUAUUCUAGUCCAUUGCCACGCAGGCGUGUCGCGGUCUGCCACCAUCACCAUCGCCUACCUUCUCAAACAUUCAAAACUUUCAAUGAUGGACAUAUAUCGUUACGUGAAGGGCAAAAGGAGCAUAAUUUCCCCGAACUUCAACUUUAUGGGUCAGUUGAUGGAAUACGAACAAGCUCUCAACAACGGGCUGUGUGAACGCUCUGUGAUACCUAACAUUGUUCCGGAGGAAAAUCACGUGUGACGUAUACAUGUACAUCCGGAAGUUUCGUGGUUUUUCCUAUAAAACUAAGACACUCGAAAGAGAAGAUCUGACUAUAUGGGGAAAUAAUAUGUUGACCAAGUACUUUCAUUUGUGCAAUAAGUAUGGGCCAAACACAUGAACAAUACUCGAAAUGAAAAAAUCAUUCCAUCAUUAUUUCGAAUGCUUAGAAAUCAUCAAAGACACACAAAGAAAUCCAAAAGUUUGAGAAGAGACUCAGAAGUUGUGAGAAAAAAUAGAAUAAGAGAAUAUGAAAUGUUUGUCCAAUGUUUCUCGCGUUGUCUCUAGUCAUUUAAUGUAUUCACUUUAAACUGUUAUUCUGUAUGUAUUUAGUCACUAAGGUUUGUCUUUUUCUUGUUUUCCUGAUCUAUAGCUCUAAGACGCUGUUCAUGAUUCAUGCACGGCGAAUCCCUAGAAUGCAAAGCGAGAGGUUAAUCUCUUACCAUUUACCUGAGCUAGUUGGUUCAAGCCAUCUGUUAUUUAAAUAUACAAUUAAUGAAUGCUAAAAA